GGCCAGCUCAACAAGGAGCAGGAGCAGCACAGGCUGACCAGCCGGCUGACCCUGGCCGAGGUGACCGGCUUCGCCUACUUCUACGGUGCCUUCCUGGUGGGCCCGCAGUUUGCCAUGAGCAGCUACCUGCAGAUGGCGACGGGUCAGCGGACUGACCAGCCCGGGCAUCCGCCCAACAGCGUCCUCCCGGCCUUAAAGCGACUCUCGCUGGGAAUGUUCUACCUGAUGAUCCACAUGCUCGCCAGUUCUUACUUCCCCGACGAAUAUUUCCUCACCACUGAGUUUGCGAAUCGCUCGCUGGGUUACAAGUGUCUGUUCAUCACCCUGUGGGGGAAGGUCACCCUGAUCAAGUACGUCACCUGCUGGCUGGUCGCGGAGGGGGUGUGUAUCCUGACCGGCCUGGGUUACAACGGGAGGAACGAGGCCGGAGAGACCCAGUGGGACGCCUGCACCAACAUCAAGGUCCUCCUCUUUGAGACCACCCCCUACUUCAAAGGAACCAUCGCGGCCUUCAACAUCCAGACCAACCUCUGGGCAGCCAG